AUGGCGUCCAUCAGUCAGCGCAAGCAACUCGGGCGCGACAAGUUCGGGACACAAUUCAGUCUGCUAAAGACCCAGCAGUACACCGAUCCUGCCACCCGUACCGCGGUACCGACCAUCCACCGAACUAUCUCAUGGAACGCAUCAGGCGGAUUGAUCGCAACGGGGGCCAAUGACAAGAGUAUCAGAGUAUGGAACGUGGAACGGACAAGCCCGCGCAGUCAGAUCGAACUCAGAGGUCAUGGACACGCCGUUGAAAAAGUCCUGUUCAACCCCGUACGGGAGUUCGAGUUAGCCAGCUGCGCGUCGGACGGGACAGUGCGCUUCUGGGACACGCGGACAAAGACCUGCGUGACCAAACUGGACGUGGGCGGAGAACCGUUCACACUGAGCUGGAGCGUCGAUGGAAGCGUACUGCUGGCAGGAACGAAGGGCGACGUUCUCAUCCCCAUCUCAACCGCGAUACCCUCGUCGCCACACAUCCUGUCUCGCCACAAGCAGAACCAGCAAACCAACCAGACGACCUUCUCCAACGCAUACCCUCCAGCGGAUCUCAUUAUCACACAAGGAGAUGGCUCUGUCAAGAUCGUCGACUACCCGUCCAUGGCCACCCUAUAUACCAUAGCCGCACACACCUCAUCCUGCACCGCCAUUUCCUACUGUCCCAAUGGCAAAUACAUGGCUGUGGGCGGCUCAGACGCCAUGAUCUCCUUAUGGGACACCACAGACUGGGUGUGUCGCCGGACGGUGUCCAAUGCUAGCUCCGGCGCAAUUCGCGGUCUCAGCUGGUCGUGGGACGGUCGAUAUCUCGUGGGCGCAAGCGAAGAAAUGGGAUCUGGUGGUGGGGAGGGCCUCAGCUCGGGCUUUGAGAUAUACCAUGCCGAGAGUGGCGACGUGGUCCAUACGAUCGCGACAGGCACAAGUGGGAUUCCAGCUGUUGAGUGGCAUCCCAAUCGCUACUGGUUGGCUUAUACCCAGAUUGAGGAGACCAGGCAAGGCAAGUCUAGCUUGAAGAUUGUGGGUGCAGCUGGAGGGCCGUCAAUAUGA